GAGCCCGCGCCCGCCCGGGCGCCGCCCGGCACCAUGGUGCAGAAGUCGCGUAACGGCGGCGUGUACCCUGGCCCGAGCGGUGAGAAGAAGCUCAAGGUGGGCUUCGUGGGGCUGGACCCCGGCGCCCCCGACUCCACCCGGGACGGCGCGCUGCUCAUCGCCGGCUCCGAGGCCCCCAAGCGCGGCAGCAUCCUGAGCAAGCCGCGUGCGGGUGGCGCGGGCGCCGGGAAGCCCCCCAAGCGCAACGCCUUCUACCGCAAGCUGCAAAAUUUCCUCUACAACGUGCUGGAGCGGCCGCGCGGCUGGGCGUUCAUCUACCACGCCUACGUGUUCCUGCUGGUCUUCUCCUGUCUCGUGCUGUCCGUGUUCUCCACCAUCAAGGAGUACGAGAAGAGCUCUGAGGGCGCACUCUACAUCCUGGAAAUCGUGACCAUCGUGGUGUUCGGUGUGGAGUACUUCGUGCGGAUCUGGGCGGCGGGUUGCUGCUGUCGGUACCGCGGCUGGAGAGGGCGGCUCAAGUUUGCCCGGAAGCCCUUCUGUGUGAUUGACAUCAUGGUGCUCAUCGCGUCCAUCGCUGUGCUGGCUGCUGGUUCCCAGGGCAAUGUGUUCGCCACAUCAGCGCUCCGGAGCCUGCGCUUCCUGCAGAUCCUGCGCAUGAUCCGAAUGGACCGGCGGGGCGGCACCUGGAAGCUGCUGGGCUCCGUGGUCUACGCACACAGCAAGGAAUUGGUCACUGCCUGGUACAUCGGCUUCCUCUGCCUCAUCCUGGCCUCAUUUCUGGUGUACUUGGCGGAGAAGGGGGAGAACGAUCACUUUGAUACCUACGCGGAUGCACUCUGGUGGGGCCUGAUCACCCUGACAACCAUCGGCUACGGCGACAAGUACCCCCAGACCUGGAACGGGAGGCUCCUGGCGGCGACCUUCACCCUCAUCGGUGUCUCCUUCUUUGCUCUUCCUGCCGGCAUUUUGGGGUCUGGCUUUGCAUUGAAAGUUCAAGAGCAGCACCGUCAGAAGCACUUUGAGAAGAGGCGGAACCCUGCAGCGGGUCUGAUCCAGUCUGCCUGGAGGUUCUAUGCCACCAACUUGUCUCGCACAGACCUGCACUCCACGUGGCAGUACUACGAGCGCACGGUGACCGUCCCCAUGUACAGCUCGCAAACUCAAACCUACGGGGCCUCCAGACUGAUCCCGCCGCUCAACCAGCUGGAGCUGCUGCGGAACCUCAAGAGCAAGUCUGGACUUACCUUCAGGAAGGAGCCUCAGCCGGAGCCAUCUCCCAGUAAAGGCAGACGGUGCGCAGAGUCCCUGUGUGGAUGCUGCCCAGGACACGCUAGUCAGAAGGUCAGUUUGAAAGACCGUGUCUUCUCCAGCCCCCGCGGCGUGGCUGCCAAGGGCAAGGGGUCCCCUCAGGCCCAGACCGUCCGCCGGUCACCCAGCGCCGACCAGAGCCUAGAGGACAGUCCAAGCAAGGUGCCCAAGAGCUGGAGCUUCGGGGAACGUGGCCGUGCCCGGCAGGCAUUCCGGGCCAGGGGUGCUGCUUCGCGGCAGAACUCGGAAGAAGCAAGUCUCCCAGGGGAGGACAUCGUGGACGACAAUAAGAGCUGCAACUGCGAGUUUGUGACAGAGGAUCUGACCCCAGGCCUCAAAGUCAGCAUUCGGGCCGUGUGUGUUAUGCGGUUCCUGGUGUCCAAGCGGAAGUUCAAGGAGAGCCUGCGGCCCUACGACGUGAUGGAUGUGAUCGAGCAGUACUCAGCCGGCCACCUAGACAUGCUGUCCCGCAUCAAAAACCUGCAGUCCAGAGUGGACCAGAUCGUGGGUCGUGGCCCAGCGAUGGCGGACAAAGACCGAGGCAAGGGCCCGGCGGAGGCGGAGCUGCCCGAGGACCCCAGCAUGAUGGGGAGGCUGGGGAAGGUGGAGAAGCAGGUGCUGUCCAUGGAGAAGAAGCUGGAUUUCCUGGUGAACAUCUACAUGCAGCGCAUGGGUGUCCCCCCGACGGAAACUGAGGCCUACUUUGGGGCCAAGGAGCCAGAGCCAGCGCCACCGUACCACAGCCCAGAGGACAGCCGGGACCACGGUGGCCGGAGUGGCUGCAUCAUCAAGCUUGUCCGCUCCACCAGCUCCAUGGGCCAGAAGAACUUCGCAGCGCCCCCGCCUGCACCCCCUGCCCAGUGCCCACCCUCCACCUCAUGGCAGCAGCAGUGCCACCCCCGCCCAGGCCACGGCACCUCACCCGUGGGGGACCACAGCUCGCUCGUGCGCAUCCCGCCGCCACCCGCCCACGAGCGGUCCCUAUCUGCUUAUAGCGGGGGCCACCGGGCCAGCACGGAGUUCCUGAGGCCGGAGGAUGCCCCGGCCUGCAGGCCCCACGAGGGCGCGCUGAGGGACAGUGACACAUCCAUCUCCAUUCCAUCCGUGGACCAUGAGGAGCUGGAGCGCUCUUUCAGUGGCUUCAGCAUCUCCCAGUCCAAGGAGAACCUGGACGCCCUCAACAGCUGCUACGCGGCGGUCGCUCCGUGUGCCAAAGUCAGGCCCUACAUCGCAGAGGGCGAGUCGGACACGGACUCGGACCUCUGCACCCCGUGCGGGCCCCCACCACGCUCCGCGACGGGCGAGGGCCCUUUCGGUGAUAUGGGCUGGGCCGGGCCCCGGAAGUGAGGCCACCCGCUAGCCUCCCCCUGACUCCUGGCCUCCUGGUCUUGAGGCAGAUGCUCUGGGGCCCUUUUCUUAGAGCAAGGCAGGGGUGCCCGUGCAGGGCAGCAGGCAGGCGUGGCCCUCAGUCUCUCACACUGAAGGCUGGCAGAAAUUCUUUUCCAGCAAGGGGCAGCCCGGCUGGCCUUGCCCACUCGGCAGACUCUGCAGACCAUUGGCCUGGGCAUGACAGAGGCCGGGGUCAAGGCUGAGGACAGGCACCCUGUGGCCAGGUGGAGGCUUGGUUGGGGGCAGGGUGGCAGCGAGGGGCAGAUCUGCCUCGUGAGGAUCAGCAGCUUUGAGGCCCAGGGCGUGUGGCUUGUCUCUGCCCCCAUUCCUGUCCUGCCCCAUCAUCCUGGGUACCACCCGCAGCUGCUGGUCAGUGUCACCACCUUCCCCCUGGUUCCGAGCAUCCUGUGACAGGAGCCAGCCCCACGUUCAGGACUCUGGCCUGAAGGGGGCGUGGGGGCGAGGCUUUGGACCCCCUCCAGAACAGAAUGGCCUCUGACCUCCGGAAAUUGAUUCCUGUGGGGAGGGACCGGCUCCAUAGGCUCCUGGAAGAGAUCCUUGGGGGCUCCCUUCCAGACUUGGAAGCUGGAGGGGUGUCCCCUGUGUCCUCUUCCCUCUCUCUUGGCUGGGCGCUGGUCACCACUCUGUGGCCAGCACUGUGACAUGGACCUGCCUGUGGGAAUGUGUGCUGAGUGGCUAGGGGGCCCCCCGGCUGGGCUCGUGCUCUGGGGUCCUGACCGGGCCAGUUGUGGUGAGUUGAUUUACUCGCUGUCCUCCAGGGACCCUGCUUCACCUGUCCCGCAUCAGCCCCCCAACAGGACCCCUGCUGGACGAUGCUGCAGCUGAUGGGAAAACCCUUCAGUAGAGUCCUGCCCUGCAAUGUCCAGAGAUGAAGGAGCUGCCUUGUAGGUGGUCUCUCCUGUCCCUCCUAGGCUGACCAUCCCCCGCCCUCUCCUCACUGACCAGCCCUUGACUGUGACCGCUGGGUGUCUUGGGAUCAGAGAUGCCUGUUCCCACCCUGGGCCCUGGGAAACAGUGGUGCCCAUCCUUCUCUUCUUGGGCCUGAGGAGCAGUCGCUUUGAGCCAGGAGUCCACCCCCAGGAGGCGGAGUGGACCCCAUCCUGGGCCCCCAGCUGUCAGUGUGCAGGGGCAUCUGGCGUUUGGGGUGACAGGACAGCAAGCCUGGGCACCUAGUGUCCUCUGAGGCAGUGACCUUCCUGUGCGUCAGGGCUGGGUCCACGAAGCCUACCACGUAGUGACUUCCCCUGAAAUACCAGGUCCAGGGAGAGCCUGAGCUGUCUCCUCAGGACGCUUCCAUCCAUCCUGGUCAGUGAGAGACUCUGCUUGCUCUCUGGGAAGGACUUUGAAAGCAGCGUCCGAGGGUCGAAUGCCCCUGGCUGUUGGGGUCCUGGCCCUCUGAGAUCCCUGGGGAGCAGUGUCUACUACAGCCUCUGUGCAUUCCCCCCCUUCACCAGGACCCCCAGGUCCCCACCAUGUGUACCUGUCUGCUAGCCCAGUGCAGGAGGACCCGAGCUCGGAGUCAGAACCAUGGUCUGUGUUCAGGGCCAAGGCACAAGGAUGCCCCCCGCCCCCAGUCUCCAGGGAGGGGUUGGCUAUGGAAUCUUCCAUGUGGCCUGGGGCCGGGGGGGGGGGUGCCUCUUCGGCUCCCUCCACCCAGCGUGUCUGCUCUGUACACCCUUGGUGUUCUCCCUUUCAGACCUUCAGUGGUGAGCAAAGCUCCUCCUUAGUGUUGGCUGUGUGAAGAGGCCCUGGCAAGUGGCAGCUCCUCUGGGUGAGGGCAGAGCCCUCCUUUGCCCCCCAUCUUGGGAGAGAGAGGCCCCAGAUGGAGGCCCCCAACAAGGCACGAGCAGGCCAGCUCCUGGACCAAGUGUAUCCACAGCUGCUCCAGCCCCAGUUGUUGCUGUCCGGCUCUGGGAGGGUUCGAUUCAGGUUGCCAGCAGCAGGGACCCACCCCUGUCAGAUCUUGGCCUGCAUGGGCCCCUGGCCUGCUAGGAGAGGCCUUUGGCCCCUGGAGAGAGGUGUGUGUCCUGUCACUUGCAUGCCCUGUUGUGGGUCCCUGGUGACAAGAGGGGCUGGCUUGGUCCACAGAGCUGCUGAGCCAGAUGCUGGCACCAAGGCCACUGCUGGGAGGGCCUCCAAGGUUGCAGAAGGAGGGGUUGAGGCCCAACUCUCCACGUGCUGUGCUCAGCAAGGAGUCUGUGACGCCUCCUCCAUGAAAUCCUGCCCCCUCCCCCGGUCUCUGCUUGGGGGACCGUUUCGCGGUGAGGUUUUAGGAGAUGAUGGGGUAGAGGCUCUUCUUAGGGGUCCGAGCAACAUGUGUUCCUUUGUGUCCAUCUGCUGCCCCAGGGCCCCCACCUUCAGGAGCUAUGGCAGGAGAGUGCUUGGCACUCCGGGGACGUCGGCGCACUUCCUGGGUGACCCGUGGCUGCGGGCCCACCCUGCCCCACCGCACAUGUGGUAGGCGCUUCCCAAGAGAAGCAUCUCAGUUACCCGAUCACGUGGCUCCCCCAGCCCUGCACAUGCCUGUGCUCACACUCCUGCCUGCAGACAUACAGCACAUACACACUCAUGCAUACACACCCACAGGUACACGCACAGCACCUGCACACGGAGUCACAUGCAUUCUCACCCAGACACACCAGAGUGCACACACUUACCCAUGUAAUGCACAAUCAUACACACCAUGUACACACACCCAUGCUCACAUACUCACACAUCCAUGUGCACACACGCUUACCCACGCAUGCACAGAUGCCUUGUCUGCUUCAAUCCGUAGGAAUCAGCAAGUUCGGGAGUUGCAGACAGUCCUGGGACAUUGACCCUGGGUGGGGUUCCCGCUCUUCUGGCCCCUGGGCAGCACCUCAGGGGGAUCCCCAGAGCCCAGGCAGGUUCCCACCUACCCUCUUCCUCCUCCUCAACUGCCCCAGAGGCUGUCCAGAUGCCAAGAUGGCCUAGGCUGGGCCAGGGAGAUCUUGGUGUCUGUGGGCAUCCAGCUGCAAUGUGGGGGCUCUGGUGGCUCCCUCCGCCCUCCUGAGCCAUGUGGCCCAGCCUCAGGACCCUCUCCGUUUUCUGCCCUACACCCCCCUGUUCUGUGACAGCAUGAGCCGUGGCCACCGUGGAGGAUGAAGGAACCCAGCCAGGGGGCAGGGGACUCCCUCCGGUGCCUCCCUGCCGGGCCCCUCCCUCUGGGAGACCAUGGCACCCCCGUGGGAGCACCACCCUCCUUUGGGGGGAUUUGCCAGGGAGUCCGCCCCAUGAGGAGAGCCAGUCACUGCCCUCUAAUUAACAUUGUCAGCCGGAGCGGUCACCAGACAGCAGCUCUGCACAGCUUUCACAGAUGGUUUUAACUUCUCCCUUCCCUAGGCUGGGGCACCCUGGUGGUCAUGGGCCUAAGAUGUCAACACGGGACGGGGGGAGGUGUCCUCUUCUCUGCUAUGCCAUGUACCUGCCGUUUGUGGACAGAACGUGGCCCUGGGACAUUGCUGAUGCUUCUGAAGCCCCAGAGGAUGGGGGCUGCAGACAGGCCUUCGUAAGAGUGCUGGUGUUAAUUCCCAUGCUCCCCCGACGUCAAGACCACACCAGGCGCUGGUGGAGUCAUCGGCCUGGAUUUCCUGCUGCAGUCAACAUUGGUUCCGCACCCAAAUCUCCAGAAUACAUGGCUGUGAAGAGGGCCGGUCCAGCAGGGAGGCCCCACCUGGAGGGUUCAGGUCACCCUGCCCGCAGUGGGGUGGGGAGUUCUGAGCCACAGGGUGCCUCCAUGACCCCCAGUUCACACGGCUCCAAAUUAUACACUCUUCCUCGCGUGCACUGCCCUGCAUGGUCUUCAGCUGCCCUGGGCAGUGAUGUGGACAGUCUUGCCCUCUGUGACCCCUGAGCAGAACUCCAGGCUGCCUGCUUGUGUGGAUGGAUGUUCGGCCCCGCUGGGCCAGGCUAUUUGCUUUUAGUGCCCAGGGGAGCCCCAGGCUCCCUGAGUCGGAUGCCCAGUGGACCUGUGCACUUAUUCCAGGCCAGCUGCUUCCUGUGUCCUGCCCCCAGGGCGGUUCCACUUGAGCCUUUACCAAGUACUAAGUGGGAGAGAUGAUCGGGGAGCUUCCUGGAGGAGGUGAUCUGCUCGGAUCAGGGGCUUACGCCUACCCUCUGUCCAAGGGGCCUAGAAAGCCGGCUGCCCAGGGCAGAACACUGUAGCCCCUGAAGCUGCACAAAUGAGGCACACAGCUUGCUGGCUUCUGUUGACUUGUGAGGAUGGGGGCAGAUGUGGAGGGCAUUCUGGAGGGAGGAGAAUGCCCCUUCCUCCUAGGAAGGAGGUAGGGAGCUUGAAAAAGAUGCUUGUGGGAGGAGAGACCCCUCUGUCUUGAGGAGGAGUUGGGUGGCUCUUGCCUUGGAUACUUGCAUGGGUCCCCUUGCCUGAUGGAGGUGUGGCUGGAUGGCCCUGUCUGGAGAGCCACUCAGUAUAGGCAGAUCAGGCACCGGGAGAGGUGGGGACCUUCCUGGGGGACAGCCCUUGGUCCUGGGGUUUCUGGGCAGGUGUGUGGACUUUGCUGAACGCUGCACGUCCAGCUCUGACUGAGUUUCAUAAAGUUGUUGCCUUAAUGCACGUUGACAAAAAUUCACCGUGGUCACCCCCUGCCCCCUUGGCCUCUGCCAGGCACCAAUCUGCGACCCCGCCACCUCCUCCAUCCAGGGUCUGCGGGCCCAGGUCUGCAGCAAGUACAGGGGGUAGGGGACCUCAUGGCAUGGUUCCUGUGGGGCUCUGCCUACCCACCCACCUGGGGACCCCACCUCCAUCCCACGCCGUCCAAAGGCCGCCCUGGCCCCAGCCCCAGCCCCGUCUGCGCUGUUGUCUUGGCUGUCUUUGCACUUUUGUUCAUGUUCAUGCUCCAAAGAAUAUGUCAUGAUGCCUUCAGUGCUGAUGAGCACCGUUGCGCCCGCGCCCCUGCAGCACAGCCGGGCCUCUGCUCCUGGACCUGUCACCCCUGUGACAGGUGACCUGCGUGCCGUCCAUUUUCCAGGGACAGACGCCCAGGGAAAGAAUCUAGUUUUCUACAGACCAGCUGAGACUCACUGACUGCACUCACUGUCAGGCUGACACGUGUGCCACCCCGAGGGCCCAGCGCAGGCUGCCUGGGGACGGCGGGUGCAGGAUCUGGUGACAGGAACACACGUGGGAGGUUCUGGAAAGCUGUAGCGCCACGGGGAUGAGUCAGAUGCCCAGUGGACCUGUGCACUUAGUAAAACACAGUGAUUCAACCUGGA